GUCUUUGGAAAAAAAAAGGAAGAAUAUUACUUAUUAUGCACUUGAUCUUAUGAAACAUGAGCUUAUCAAAUCUUUAAAAUCGUUAGGAUCUUUUUCAAACAUUAAGCUUAUUGGUCUUUGGGGUACAUUUGAGGAUGGAAUUGAUUUCACUGCAACAUUGUCAAAUGAUAAACCAAAGGCCAUCAUUUUUUUGGGCACCACAAUCGGAAAUUUUAGUCGGGAAGAUGCAACAAAUUUUCUCCGCCAUUUUCAAACAAAAGCAAUGGGUCCUGGUGAUUUGUUUUUAUUAGGAAUCGAUAAAAGAAAUUCCCUUGAAAACCUUACUAUUGCAUAUAAUAAUCCACCUAUCAUAGAAUUCCAUAUGAAUGGAUUAGAUAAUAUUAAUACUAUUUUAGACCAGCCAUUCAUUAAUCGGAAUAAUUUUGACUACUUUACAACAUAUAAUGAGGAUAAAGGCAGAGUUGAAAUUUAUUAUCGCUCAAAAAGGGAUCAAAUAUUGGAAUAUAUGCCUAUCAACGAAUUUGACAAAAAAAUUCAAAUAAAUGUACAAGAAGGCGAACUUAUUCUAUCUGUACAUUCUUACAAAUACAAUGAACUUGAUUUAGUAACGCUUUUUUAUAAAUCUAAUUUAGCUCAUGUAAAAACUUGGACUGACUCUAAUUUGCAGUACG